AACGGCCGAUAACUCAGUUUGAAUCGUAUACUUGACUUCGUACUAUCUGAACGUACAAAUCAAAGCAAAAUCAUGUCUGCAGUAGCUCCAGCCACACCUAAGGUGAAGAAGGCAGCAAAGCCUAAGAAGCCCGCAGCCCACCCCACCUACAAAGAAAUGGUCAGGACGGCCGUUUCCAGCUUGAAGGAGAGGGGAGGCUCAUCAAGGCAAGCGAUCAAGGCUUACAUCAUCAAAAACUACAAAGUUAAUGAAGAUAAGUUGCCCACCAGCCUUAAACUGGCCAUCAGGAAAGGGAUUGCUGCCAAGACCCUUGUUCAGGUGAAGGGAAGUUUCAAAUUAGGGGCAGACGCCGAGAAAAAGACGCCUAAGGCCAAAAAGCCAAAGAAGGUAGUCAAGCCAAAGGCAAAGAAAGCUACAAAAGCCAAGAAGACCGGAGAGAAGAAGGCUAAGCCUGCAGCAAAGAAGGUGAAGAAAGUAAAGACUCCCAAGAAGAAGACUGCAAAGUCCCCAGCAAAAAAAGCGGCGGCCAAACCCAAGGCAGCAAAGAAAUCUCCAAAGAAGGCAGCCAAGAAACCAGCAAAGAAGGUAGCCAAGAAACCAGCAGCGAAAAAGUAAAAAGUGUGAGUGAACUUUUAACAAACUUCUGAGUGUUAAAUUCGUUGGAUAUCUUCGUAAGGCAGCCUUCUAUGUGACUCGUGUUGGACACUGAAUGAACAAUGCUCCAGUGAAUGUGUGCAACGUCAACACAUGGAUCAUCUCUCAUAAUAACUGUAUGUAUAUCGAUGCCGCAGUUGACAGGACACUUGGACCCCAAGGAACGACGCGGGACGUCUACAGUGCUGGAAUGUUGACUGGUGGUUCGGUGCAUUUCAUUGACAUUACUCAUCAAUUCAUUGAUCGUUUUUGACAUUCAUUUCAUUUGUCAUUUUCAUUCAUUUCCAUUCAUCAUCAUCAUCUUUUUCAUGAACAGUUUUAACGGUAAACAGAAUGGCAGUGUUUUUAACCCAAACCGCUUAGUGCUGUUUGUUUUAUCUCGUUAAUUGUUUCUUCUGUGAAGAUAUUUAUUUGUAAAUAUUGUCAUAUUUUUAACAUGAAAUACAUAUAUAAAUGCAUAUAAAAUUUGAAAAACCCU